CCGCGCCGCACCUCGCUACACCGAGCGCUCUGAUUGGCUGCGGCGUCUCCACCAAUAGGCGGGCGCGUUGUUGGGCGGUUUUCGGCGGAGCGGGCCGGUGCUGAGGGAAGGAGCCAAGAUGGUUCUGGAGAGCACCAUGGUGUGCGUGGAUAACAGCGAGUACAUGCGCAACGGGGAUUUCCUGCCCACGCGGCUGCAGGCGCAGCAGGACGCCGUCAACAUCGUGUGCCACUCCAAAACACGCAGCAACCCCGAGAACAACGUGGGGCUCAUCACCCUCGCCAAUAACUGCGAGGUGCUGACCACGCUGACGCCGGACACCGGGCGCAUCCUGUCCAAGCUGCACUCGGUGCAGCCCAAGGGAAAAAUCACCUUCGGCACCGGGAUCCGCGUGGCACACCUGGCGCUGAAGCACCGGCAGGGCAAGAACCACAAGAUGAGAAUCAUCGCCUUCGUCGGCAGCCCCGUCCUCGACAGCGACAAGGACCUGGUGAAGUUGGCCAAGCGCCUGAAGAAGGAGAAGGUCAACGUGGACAUCAUCAACUUUGGGGAGGAGGAAGCCAACACGGAGAAGCUGACGGCGUUCAUCACGGCUCUCAACGGCAAGGACGGCAGCGGUUCCCACCUGGUGACGGUGCCGCCGGGGCCCAGCCUGGCCGACGCCCUCAUCAGCUCCCCGGUGCUCGCCGGCGAGGGCGGAGCCGUGCUCGGCCUCGGAGCCUCCGACUUCGAGUUCGGCGUCGAUCCCAGCGCCGACCCCGAGCUCGCGCUGGCGCUGCGGGUGUCCAUGGAGGAGCAGCGGCAGCGGCAGGAGGAGGAGGCGCGCAGGGCGGCCGCGGCCUCGGCGGCGGAGGCCGGGAUCGGAGCCACCGGAGGGGACGAGUCGGACGAGGCCCUGCUCAAGAUGACGAUGGGGCCGCCGGAGUUUGGCCGUGCGGGGCUGCCGGACCUGAGCUCCAUGAGCGAGGAGGAGCAGAUCGCCUACGCCAUGCAGAUGUCCCUGCAGGGCGCCGAGUUUGCCCAGGCUGAGGCGGCCGAGGUGGACAGCGGAGCCGCCAUGGACACGUCCGAGCCCGCCAAGGAGGAGGACGACUACGACGUGAUGCAGGACCCGGAAUUCCUGCAGAGCGUCCUGGAAAACCUUCCCGGCGUGGAUCCCAACAACGAGGCCAUCCGCAACGCCAUGGGAUCCCUGGCUUCCCAGGCCGCCCGGGAAAACCGGGAAAACAACCGGGAAAACCGGGAAAACCGCAAGGACGAGGAGAAGAAAUGAAUCCCGGGAAUUCCCGGCGGAAAAAACGGAAUUAAGAGGAAUUUUUUCCUUUGGGAAUUACAGAAAUAAAAGGAUUAAAAGGUUUUUUUUUGGGGUUGGGAGGAGUUGUUUGGGAAGGGGAAGGAUUUUUUUGGGAAUGGCGCGGGAAUUCCUUGGGAAUUGUGGGAAUAACACAAGGAAUUUCUUGGGAAUUGCAGAAAUAAAUGGGAAUUGCAGAAAUAAAUGGAUUAAAAGGAGUUUUUUUGGGAAUUUUCCCAGAAUUUGGUUUUUUUGAAGGGAAUUCCUGGGAAUGGCGGGAAUUUGUUGGGAAUUACGGAAUUCCUUGGGAAUUGUGGGAAUUGAAGGAAUUUCUUGGGAAUUGCAGAAAUAAAUGGAUUAAAAGGAGUUUUUUUGGGGAAUUGAAGGAGUUUCUUGGGACAGGUCGGGAUAAUUGAAGGGAAUUCCUGGGAAUGGCGGGAAUUUGUUGGGAAUUACGGAAUUCCUUGGGAAUUGUGGGAAUGUUACAGGGAAUUUCUUGG